GAACUUGGGUGUCUGCUAUUUGUGACGACCCUGAUCCUUCGGAUUUAUCCGAUCAAUUUGAUCUUGCCGAGGAAAAAAAAUUUUGCGAUAUGGAAAUGAAUGAAUUUACUCAACAACAAAUCCAUUACCAAGCUUUUUAUACGA